UACACACAAACAAAGUGCAACAUUUACAAAUUCAAAUGUAAAACUUUUUCAAAAUAAAGUUUUAUAUUAAUGUUUCAAUCGAAACAAACAAACAAACAAACAACAACAACAACAACAACAACAGGCAAUCAUUGAACGACCGAACAAACAAACAAUAGGAAUACGAAAUUGAUUUGUAAAUGAUGAAUAAUGUCAACGAAUCGAAUUGAUUUGAUGAUUUGAUUGAAUCAAUGGAUCAAUUUUACAAUGACUUUAUCAUCAUCAUUAUCAUCAUUCACAUCAUUAAUAUCAAAAAAUCUAUACGAUUCUACAUAAUUCUUUUGGAAUUCUAUCAAUUCAUCACUAACAACAACAACGGCAACAAUGUCCACAACAUCAACAUUAUCAAAUCAACAAAUUUUAGAUCUUUUAAAACAAUUACAACAAAGAUCAACAACAACAUUGAUGAAUCCAGUAAACAAUCAAUCGUUGAUAAAUUCAUCGAUAAUACAGCAAACAAUAUUGAAAUCAAUUUAUCCAGAUCAUCAAUUUAAUAAUAAUUUCAUAAAUCUAACUGAUGAUCAAUUAAUUUCACGUAUAUCAUCAAUCAUUAUGAAUCAAUCUGGAUCAUUUGAUCAUAAUUUUGAUUUAUUCAAUCAUGCAUUGAAUGGCGACAACAAUGGAUCAUUAUCAUCAGGAUCAUCAACAUCAUUUGAUGAACAAUUUUUAGGCAUCGAUAAUGAAGAUUUUAUUGAUAAUGAACAAGAGAUACCAUUAAGUUUAUGGAUCAAAAUCAUAUUCUAUGUUGUUUAUUUAAUCAUUUGUUUGCUAGGCAUUUGUGGUAAUCUAAUUGUUUGUUAUAUUGUUGCACGUAAAUCUACAAUGCAUACAGUGACCAAUGUAUUUAUUGCCAAUCUUGCAUUGUCCGAUAUUCUAUUAUGUUUAUUUGCCGUACCAUUUACACCAUUAUAUUUGAUAACAUUUAAAAAUUGGAUAUUUGGCCGUGCACUUUGUCAUCUAGUACCAUUCGCUCAAGGUGUAUCCGUAUACAUUUCAGCAUUUACAUUAAUGUCGAUUGCCAUUGAUAGAUAUUUUGUCAUUUUACAUCCAUUUAAACCACGAAUGUUAAUGAAAAUCUGUAUAAUGAUCAUUAUUGCUAUUUGGAUGUCGGCAAUAUUUUUAACAUUUCCAUAUGCACAUUUUAUGGAUUAUGUAGAAACAACCAAACUGGAUCAACGACCAUCAUCAUCAUCAUCAUCAUCAUCAUCGGAAGAGCAAUUGAUGGAAUUGAAUGAUAAUGGUGAAAUUAUCGAUAUUAAAACCAUAGAUAAUAAUAAUGAUGAUGAUGAUAGUGGUGAUGGUGAUGGUGAUGGUAUUGUUUAUCUUUGUGCUGAACAAUGGCCACAUGAAGAAUUAAGUAAAAUGUUUGGUAUAACCACUACGGCAUUACAAUUUGUCAUUCCUUUUUUAAUAAUAACAUUCUGUUAUGUGAAAAUAUGUGCCAAAUUAGCUGAUCGUGCACGUACCAUUCCAGGUAAUGUUUCAGCCAGACGUGAAGAACAGGAACGUGAACGUACACGUAAAACGAAUGGUAUGCUUAUAUCGAUGGUAGUCAUAUUUGUUAUUUCAUGGUUACCAUUGAAUAUGGUCAAUUUAUUGGCCGAUUUUUAUGAUGAAGCUAGUCAUUGGCGUAAUCAACGUGCCAUAUUUUUAAUAUCACAUGCUAUUGCAAUGUCAUCGACAUGUUAUAAUCCAUUUUUAUAUGCAUGGUUAAAUGAAAAUUUUCGUAAAGAAUUCAAAGAAGUGUUGCCUUGUUUUGGUCGUAGUACGAAAACAAAUCAUUCAUCUAAUAUUGUUGGCGCUGGUAGUGGCGGGGGCGGUGUCGGUGGUGGUACACUAGUUGAAUUACGACAAAAUAAUCAAACGAAUAAUGACAACGACCAAACUGAUAAUACACAACAAGCUAUUAAUGUUAAUAAUUCUUUAAAUUGUCCAUCAGUUAUUUUAGCUAUGAAUGAAAAUCAUCAAAAUCAUCAUUCUCAUUCAAAUCAAUCAAUUAAUUCAUCUAGUAAAAAAUUAGUAAUGAAACUUUAUUCAAAAGAUGAUGGUUCCAAUACACAUUGUAAAAUAUCUAUUAAUCAUAAUCAAACUACCGGUAAUUAUCAUCAUCAUCAUCAUCAUCAUGGUAUAAUUGAUUCGAUUAAUAAUAAUAACGAUGAAGAAGAAGAAGCGAGGCAGACUUUAAUAUCGAAAAAUGAAAAACAUUUACGUUAUGAUUCUGGCCGUGGACGAGAAUCAAUCAGUGCCAUACAAAAUAGUAGUAACAGUAGUAGUGGUGGUGGUGGUGGUGACGGUGGUUGUGGUGGUUGUGGUGAUGGUGGUUCUUCAAGUAAUAUUACUGUUACUACAAACCGUUCCGAUUGAUCAUAUUUGAAUCAAAGAUUGUUUUGUUUGUUUGUUUGUUUUUUUUGUCGUUGUUGUUGAUAUC